AUGCAUCAUGCAUCGGAAAAAAAGAAACGCGACAGCAAGAAUCCGCAGGUGAGCGUUCGCCUCAAUGUGCGCCCACUUCGUGCGAAUUGGAAACCAGUGAAACGAUACGAGUGCGAUGAAGUACCUAUGCGAACCAAGGAAUCUCCAAGUCCAGCUGAAGAUCAACUGGAUUGUGCAGUGUGGAGAACCAAACACGUUCGUACUGAUAUUGUCAAGCCAACUGCAGUGGUUGAAGAAGGAAAAACUGAAAAUAUUGUAGAAGGAAAUGAAGGACUUUUGACAAAAUGUGAAUGUGCAUCUUGUGAGAGAGCUGAUGAAACACCAACUGCAUUGGAAUUAUCUCCAAAACAGACAAGAGAUGAUUUGUAUUUGGAAAAGAAAAAGCUGAAGGAGCAGAGAAAAAAGAAAGAAGAAAGUAAAGCAUCCAAAAUGAAUGAGAAUCGUCGUCGCCGUCACCGUCAUCAUUCUUCAUCGACUCGUUCUGCUUCGACACCUCCUUUGGUUCCUCCGAAUUCGGUCGCAUCUCUGAAAAGUCAAGAUCAUUGGCACAAACUGUUCGACGAAGUACGUAAUCCGGCAAAGAUUAUUGACUUUUCAAAAAUUCCGACAGUUUCUGGUCAAAUUGGAAUGUCUGAACUAGAGCCCGAAGAUCCUGCAACACCUCCACCAACUUCAAACGAUCCAAAAGACAUUAUUGCACUUCGUUCCCCGAAUCUUCCAAUUCUGAAACCACCUAAUUUGUCAUCACCUUCAAAUGUGUCUGAACUUUACAGUCAUUCUCCUGUUCAUCAGCCUCCACUCGUUCCACUAUUCCCCACUCAACCUCAACCGAACGUCGUCAUUCUUCCUGCCCCGAUUUGUACUCCACCGAAAAGUCCACUACAAAAGAAGGCUCCAGCCGGAUCUUACUCUGAUUCAAACAGUUCUCUGGUCUUCAUGCCGCCGUCGUCUCCAAUUCAUCCUCCUCCUGAAAAUGCUCUCCUAUCAACUUCUAACAUAUCAAUGAUUCAGAAAAUGGAAAAUCUGUUCUACGGCUCCGAAUCCAAUUGGUGGUUCCUCAUUGCUCUCAUUAUGCUCACUAUUUUCGCAUAUCGUUCUACAAUGGAACAACACACAUGCUAUUAUGAUUGA